AUUAAGGAAAAGAAAGCAGGCACCUGUACAACUGGAGUAGAGGUAGAGAGACAUUUGCUAGUGAAGCGUGGAGCAAAAACAAACAAACAACAACAGCAAAAAGAGCAACAACCAAAAAAAACAAAAACCUUAGUAGUACUGUAUGACAAUAAGGAACAAGAAGGACAGAAGGGUGAGUAAAUCUGGAACCAGAGGAUUAGAGGAAUUUCAAAAGGAUUUAAAUUUACCUGUUGUAGCCUUAAUAAAAAAGCACCCAAUUUCCCAUCUAUCUUAAUCAUCUAAUACCAAGCUGUAGUUAUCUGAUCAAAAUGGCUACCAAUGGAAUAAGCAAAUCUUUAAAGCUCCAAUUUGGGCUCAUCAACUAUGAUAACCGCUACCUCACAGCUGAGACUUUUGGCUUCAAGGUAAAUGCAUCUGGUACAAGUAUGAAGAAAAAACAACUCUGGAGCCUGGAACAGGAUGACCAGGAUGGACAGGUGGUUUUCCUUCGCAGUCACCUUGGCCGUUACUUAUCCACAGAUAAAGAUGGCAAAGUGAAUUGUGCAACUGAGGUUCCAGAAUCUGACUGUCGCUUUUUGAUUGUAGCUCAGUCAGAUGGCCGCUGGGCCUUGCAGUCAGAGCCUUAUCUGCGAUACUUUGGAGGCACAGAAGAUUUUCUGACCUGUUUUAGCCAGACCAUUGGAGAAACUGAGUUGUGGACCAUCCACUUGGCCCUCCACCCACAGGUUAACAUGUUGAGCAUAGCGCGCAAACGCUAUGCACACUUGUCUGAUUCAAAGAGUGAGAUUUCUUUUGACAGUGAUAUCCCAUGGGGUGUGGAUUCCCUGAUUACCCUGGUCUUCAAGGAAGGAAAGUACAGUGUGAAAACAUGUGACAACCGCUUUCUCAGUAGCAAUGGAAAGCUAGUAGAUGAUUAUGGUCCUGAAACAGCUUUUACAUUGGAUCUCAGGUCUGGUAAGCUGGCUUUCAAAGAUAAUGAGGGAAAGUACCUAGCCCCAGUGGGUCCUUCAGGCACCUUGAAGUCUGGGAGAUGUACAAAGCCGGGUAAAGAUGAGCUUUUUGAUCUGGAGGAGAGUCAUCCUCAAGUGGUUUUCCUGGCAGCCAACAAAAGAUACCUAUCUGUCCGUCAAGGUGUCAGCAUCUCAGCCAAUCAGGAUGAGGAAACAGAUCAGGAGACAUUUCAGAUGGAACUUGACCAAAAGACUAAGAAAUGCAUGUUCAGAACUAAUUCGGGGAAUUAUUGGACACUCGUCAUUCAUGCAGGCAUCCAUACUACAGCCACAGAAAUUGAGCCCAACACAAUGUUCGACAUAGCAUGGCUUGGUGGAAGAGUGGCUCUGAAAGCUAUUAAUGGAAAAUAUGUCUGCAACAGAAAAAAUGGACAGCUUGCUGCAGUCAGCGAUACAGUGGGUGAGUGUAAUAAGAUAAUAGGUCAGCUACCUGACUUAUUAACUCAUUCAAAUUGCUGCUAUCAAACCUAUAAAAAAGAACAAAGGAUAAGCUUUCACUCUUCUUGUGUACCUUUAGGCAGUGAUGAGCAGUUCUUGUUGAAGUUGAUCAACCGUCCAAUCCUAAUCUUGCGUGGGGUGAAUGGCUUUGUUUGCCACCAUAAGAGCUCCAAUACACUGGACGUCAACCGCUCUAUUUAUGACAUCUUCUCAUUGCUCUACAACGAUGGUGCAUAUCACAUACAAUGUGGAAGUGGAAAGUUCUGGUAUGUCACUAGCAGUGACUUGGUGUGUGCAGAUGGUGAAGAGCCAGAGAACUUCUUUCUAGAGUUUCUGGAGCAUGGAAAAAUGGCCAUCAAGAGCAAAAAUAACAAAUAUCUGCGUGCUGACCAAGGAGGCACUCUCAAGUGUGACGUCACUACUAUGGACAGCUCCUGUCUCUGGGAGUACUGAGUCUUUUAAUGAAGCUUCACUAAUACACCAAGUUGUAGUAGCAACAGAGCCACACAGACUGAUGAAUAAGGAAAAGUCAUUUGCUGUUAAUGGCUGACAUAUUUUAUUAAUUUCUUUUAUCUGUUAAAUACUGUCAAUGUCGAGGACUCAAGUCUGUCUGUAGUGCUGUCAUUAUCUUAUAUUAUACAUUGUUAUUAUUUAGCUUAACGAGCACCAUAAGUAGUUCCCGAUACUGAUAUUUCAUUUUUGGUGUUUCCAUUUCACAUUAACCUGCCUUUGAUAUUUAUAUGUAUAUAAAAUACUUAAAAGGUAAUAUAAUGCUCUCAGAGUGUUGUUGCUGUGUCCUCUCAAUAGGGCCUUAAAAAGUCCUAGAAAUCCUUCUUAUUUGACCCUUCACUGCUUAAAUCAUCUAAGGGUCCUUUUUUUGGGUGGCUGUGAGUGUUUGCUGAGCUAGUAGUCUACAUGGUAACAUGUUGGACAUAGUAUGAAUUUAACUUUUUGCACCUGCUUCAUUAAAAUGCUCAUUUCAUUUGAUUAAAUUUGUACUGUUUCUUUCUUAUGAUGAAGGCCAAGUGAGGUUCAUUUCAGUUGUGAUUAAGAUAAUAAUUGCCAUACUUCACAUUGAGUAUGUCAUUUGCCAUUUAAAGCAAAUAA